GAAAAUUGUUGGUACUCAACUGGGAACAUGGCCGCACACAAUGUGAAUAACAGCAUUGGUGUUAUGUUUUUUAGCAGGAGAAUACGCUUGCCCAGUGUGGAGUAGGUCAAAACAUAACAAACACAUAAACACUACACUUAAUAAUACUUUUAGAGCAGAAAUGUAAUUGAGAUGCCUUCGUCCAAUACAGAUAAACAAGAUAUACUGCCUAUCAGGCAUUGCCCCACCAGAAAUAAAGAUCAUAAAAACAGACCUAGAAAGUACAAAGCAGUUAAAACAAGAGACACCCCAUGUUUGAGUAUGAAGCCCAAAAAACAAGACUUAAAUCCAUUCAGCGACAGAACUAAAAAAUAUUCCACACCAAGCUAUAUUAUAAAGAUGGAAAAAUGA